CUGCUUCCAUCAAGCGGUACCCGGGGCUGGUGGAGCCACAAGCACCCGGACCGCGGGCGGCUAAGGAUGGGCCCGUGCGGCACGGCUAGCCUGCUCCCAGGCCCCAGCCCGCGGCGGCCGCUCCUCCCCGCCGUCCUCCCGCUGCUGCUCCUGUUGCCGCCGCCGGGCUCGGGCGCCGGGACCGGCCGGCCGCCCCACCUGGUCUUUGUGCUGGCGGACGACCUGGGCUGGAACGACGUGGGCUUCCACGGCUCCCAGAUCCGCACGCCGCACCUGGACGCGCUGGCGGCCGGCGGGGUGCUCCUGGACAACUACUACACGCAGCCCCUGUGCACGCCGUCGCGGAGCCAGCUGCUCACCGGCCGCUACCAGAUCCGUACGGGUUUACAGCACGAAAUAAUCUGGCCCUGUCAGCCCAGCUGUGUUCCUCUGGAUGAAAAACUCCUUCCUCAGCUGCUAAAAGAAGCAGGCUAUACUACCCAUAUGGUUGGAAAAUGGCACCUGGGAAUGUACCGGAAAGAAUGCCUUCCAACCCGCCGAGGAUUUGACACCUACUUUGGAUAUCUCCUAGGUAGUGAAGAUUACUAUUCCCAUGAACGUUGCACAUUAAUCAAUGCUCUGAACGUCACACGAUGUGCUCUUGAUUUUCGAGAUGGUGAAGAAGUUGCAACAGGUUACAAGAAUAUGUAUUCUACAAACGUAUUUACUGAAAGGGCUACAGCUCUCAUAACUAACCAUCCACCAGAGAAGCCUCUGUUUCUCUACCUUGCGCUCCAGUCUGUCCACGAGCCCCUUCAGGUGCCUGAGGAAUACCUGAAGCCAUACGACUUUAUCCAAGACAAGAACAGGCGUCACUAUGCAGGAAUGGUGUCCCUUAUGGACGAAGCCGUGGGAAAUGUCACUGCAGCCUUAAAAAGCCAUGGGCUCUGGAACAACACGGUGUUCAUCUUCUCCACAGAUAACGGAGGGCAGACUUUGGCGGGGGGCAAUAACUGGCCCCUCCGAGGAAGAAAAUGGAGCCUGUGGGAAGGAGGUGUCCGCGGGGUGGGCUUCGUGGCAAGCCCCCUGCUGAGACGGAAGGGCGUAAAGAACCGGGAGCUCAUCCACGUCUCUGACUGGCUGCCGACGCUCGUGAAGCUGGCCGGGGGGCACACCAAAGGCACCAAACCCCUAGAUGGCUUCGACGUGUGGGAAACCAUCAGUGAAGGAAGCCCGUCCCCCAGAGUGGAGUUGCUGCAUAACAUCGAUCCAGACUUCGUAGACUCUUCCCCAUGUCCUGGGAACGGCAUGGCCCCAGCAAAGGGUGCGUCUUCUCUUCCAGAAUAUUCAGCUUUUAACACAUCUAUCCAUGCUGCAAUUAGACAUGGAAAUUGGAAACUCCUCACAGGCUACCCAGGCUGUGGUUACUGGUUCCCUCCACCGUCUCAGUAUAAUGUUUCUGAGAUACCCUCAUCAGACCCACCAACCAAGACCCUCUGGCUGUUUGACAUUGAGCAGGACCCAGAAGAAAGGCAUGACCUGUCCAGAGAAUAUCCCCACAUCGUCUCGAAGCUCCUUUCCCGCCUGCAGUUCUACCAUAAACACUCAGUGCCCGUGUACUUCCCUGCGCAGGACCCCCGCUGUGAUCCCAAGGGCACUGGGGCGUGGGGGCCGUGGAUGUAGGAUUUCGGCGAGGCCAGAAAACCUUCCCACUGCAAGUUGGACUUCAGGCCUUUACUCUCGUGACUCUUGUUUCAUUUGUUAUCCCAACCUGGGUUCACUUGGCACUUCUCUUGCUCCUAAAACCACACUGAGGGAUCUAAUUUCAACCCCUAGUGCAUUUACAAAGCUGAUAAAAUCUAGAACACUCCUGUUAUUGGCCGGGGCAUGUGUCUGGAGGCAGGGGUGGCUAGGUUCAUCCCCUUUUCCUAGGCUCUGGGACAGCUGGGAACUUGAAAUAGGAAGUUCUCAGUGCAUCCUGGAGGCCGGAGCAGCUGGCUCUCUUUGCCUCACAAGUCCGACGUUAGAUUUCCCUGUGCCAAUAGCUGGUUUUAUUGGAAUGACUCAAAUUUCUUGUAACAAAUGAAGGGAGCAGACAAUUGUUAAUGGUUCUCCUGGCCAGGGGUUCUGUCUGAGAGAUCAUGUUUAGGCAUUGCAUGGGAAUGACCUUCCUUGGUUCACCCCACACUCACUCAUCUCGUCACCAGACAUAAGGCCCAUUCCAUUGUUAAGGUCAACAUGGCUGUA